AGUUUGCGUAUGGCGAAGCGCGAAGCCGCAGACGAGCCAAGAGCCGGACCAGGCCAGUCACAAGUUGCAACGGAGGGCAAGCGGAGGAGCUCUGCGGAGGAGGAGCAACGCCGGCAACGCACGCUAGCCGGUCUUGGAGCCGUCGUCGCCGUGGUCAGUCAGUCGGUACGGUGGGCUCGUAAACAAAGAGCAAGUGCGACGUUCACGGAAAUUACUGAACAGCGGAACUCAUAGCAAACGCGCGAGGUCAUUUCGUCAGCGUUGUGAUGCCAGUAUUUCCCUCCAUACUGUCGUCGAAGUGUAUGAAAUGCUUACCUCUCUUCAUCCGAGGGACCGUCGUCAAGGGAUUCGGCCGAGGGAGCAAGCAGCUAGGAAUCCCCACAGCCAACUUCUCGCACGACCUGGUCUCCAAAUUGCCCGAAGAGCUAGACUGCGGAGUGUACUACGGUUGGGCGGCCAUCAACGAUGGGCCGGUCAACAAAAUGGUCAUGAGUGUUGGCUGGAACCCUUACUACAAGAACGAGAAGAAGUCUGUGGAGACACACAUCAUGGCCCGGUUCCCUGAGGAUUUCUACGGGGCCAUGCUGCGGAUUGUCGUGCUAGGCUACCUCCGUCCAGAGAAGAACUUCAACUCUGUUGAGGAACUUGUGACCGCCAUUGAAACCGACAUCCGGGAUGCAGACCAAAACCUUGACAGGGAAGAGAUGCUGCGCUACAAGACCAACGACUUCUUCACCGCCAAGCCGGUCGACGAGGCUGACGCCGUAAUCCGUGCAGUAUGACAUUAGGCUGCAUAGAGGAGGCAAUUUUACACAAAGCAGAUUCAGUCACUUAAGUUAUUUUUCCACACCCUCACACUUCACCACUUUGGAAGCAUUCCUCCAAUGUUUAGGAAGUGGUCCAAAUGCCUUCCCGGCUGACUGGGACAGUUUAGGUUUCCUAGCAGCCCGCCGUUAAGAUAUGUCUCAAUGUAGCAGUUCUGCCCUGUCCAUACGUAUGAAAACUGUGGAGGAAGACUGUGCUGGUUAGGAAAACUGCACCGUCGCUUUCCACUGGGACACGUCCACAGUGUUUUAGUGGCACCUGGUGUCGCACUGAGUCAGGUCGCAAUGUCCUGUACUUUGUUUGACCGCAAGUAUGUGCAAAGCCACAAAGGCAGGCUGCAUACUUCAAGCUUGCCUGCUGUUUGCACUCGCGGUAAAAUGAAGUAGACUAUAGUCGGCAUUUGUUCGUGCUACUCGUAACAGGCGUGAAGAAACUUUAGGACUGAGAUUUCCUCCAAAUCGAAGUGUGCCUCAGUCAGCCAGGUGCUUUGAAGAUUGUGUGGUCCGUCAGAGCCGUGUGUUUGAAAGGCAGCUGUGAUAUGGUAGUAGUUUUCUGCCUGUGCACUAUAGUAGUGUCAGUUUAAGAUAAAGGCCUUUCCAUUUUGCACCUCAAAUGCCUGUAUUAGUGUGGCAAGUUUCCCACAACUUUGCUUUCCUGUAAAAAAAAAAAGAAAUGGUUUUGGUGAGUUUGUAACACUCGUACAGGUGCUUCAGGUACUCUAAGAAAAUAAGAUCACUCAAAUAGCGAAGGUAUGAAUAGAAAACAAAUUUGCUGCCGUAUUGGUUCUUUUUAUCACCAUAGUAAAAUAAAGUGGUGAGCAUUUAAUACUGGCUCAGGCACAUAAAUUACUGAUGUAAAAUUUGCUUUAUGAAUUGACUUUACUUAUAAUAGAGGGGUUCUGCUGCACCAACAUUUUGUUGUACGAGUGUUUAUUCCCAAUGCAUCUGCAUGUCUCGACUUGUCUGCCAUGAGGCUGUGCACCAUGCUUUGGCCACUGUUUGAGGAGUUGCAGCAGUUUCGUCAACUCCAGACAAUGACAGAAGAGCAUUACAAAAUCUUUCUAGGAGGCUGCAAAGUAGGACCUGCAGAUGAAUUGCUAGUGCGUCAUGGAGGGAUGUCAUUUCAUUAAUAUGGGCCCAGUGAUUCGUAUAUCUAGUGUUACACAAAGCACCUGUAUCGUUUUUAUCACCUUCUGGUUGUGGAGCAUGUCUUUUUAUUUUCUGGCAUUUAUUGCGCAUUUGUUCCUUUGGUCUGUGAAGUCUCGUUGUACGUACUGUUUUUAUGAAUUUGCAUUUAGGAGAUACCGAGAUCUGAUCCAGUCACAUACCAUACCAGUUACGUUUUUAAUUGGAUUGCACGGGUUUUUAAUUGGAUUGCAAAAUAAAGCAAAUUGUGGCAUUCUC